AUGUCGGCAGACCGUCAUAGAAUUGCCUGCCGGCCCACCACACAAUCUCUGUUGUGGUCACUAUGUUUGUGGACAUCAUGGGCACAAGGCACUGCAGCCGUGGCCCAAGGAGGCCUCAUACCGUCUGCACCACCUAUCGAAUCCCGUCCUCAAGGCCUGAUACCCUCACAGCCUCCAGGCAUCAUACCUUCUCAACCUCCCCCUGAAGUCAUCCCUUCUCAACCUCCUCCAGGAAUAAUACCUUCGCAGUCUCCUCCAGGAUUAAUACCUUCACAAUCUCCCCCAGGCAUAAUACCUUCCCAACCACCUCCAGAGAUAAUACCAUCUCAGCGACCACCUGGAAUCAUUCCAUCUCAGCCUGUACCACAAAUCACAUCCUCUCCCCCACAACCUAGUCUGAUACCAUCUGCCCCAAUUCCAUCAGACCCGAUACCUUCACAACCGGUACCGACAUUCUUGUCUUCUGGAAGCUUACCAGGUCUCAUACCAACUGCAGCUCCAUCGCCAAGCGGCACUCAUGUAGUGACAACGACCAGCGCCUCGAUGGUAUCGACCGAUAACUGGGUUCGACCGAUACCACCUGCCGAAACAACUCCAGGGAAUCCUAAUGGCCAUCAUGAGGUUUCGGCACCAAAUUUCUCCAAAACCGCAUCGUGCAAAGGUUGCUCACCAUUAAUCGAAGUUCCCGCCACGGGCUGGUUUGACUGGCCUUCUACUCCCAUACCUGAACAUGCUGGCUCUUCUACCACCCCGUCACCUAACAAGGCAACUGUCAUUGCUGGUACAUCGGCGGUUAUCGUCGACCAAGAUCCCUCGUCCAGUGGGAACUUCAUUAUUGGGGGUUCCACGACAGUAAGAGCAGGCCAAACUGUAAUUGUGGACAACACACCAAUCGCAGUUCACACAUCAUCGGGCCAUACGGCAAUAGUGGUUGGCGAUUCCACUACAUUACCGUUCGUCCCAAGCCCCCCACAAGUCCCGCAAAGUCAAAUCACCGAAGCACCAUUGCUCCUGCCCGUUACCGUUGGGGACAAAACCAUUACUGCAAAUCCGCAAUCUGAGUACAUCAUAGAAGGGCAAACAUUACAGCCUGGAGGUGCCCCUAUUACUGUCGAUGGAAGUACGGUGUCACUGGCUCCAUCCGCUACAGCCAUUGUCAUCAAUGGCGUUACCAGCACCAUUGCUCAGGUCUAUGGCGCGGUGUAUACCACUAUCGAAUACCCUUUCCUGACGCUGAAUAACCAAGUGUUUACUGCGAACCGGGCCGGCUACUAUGUUCUCGCGCCGGGCACAACCCUCAUUCCUGGGGGAUCACCGGUGACUGUUUCUGGGACAGUCGUUAGUCUCGAACCGUACGGCACAGUUGCUGUCAUUCAAGGCUCACAGAGCACACUGGCUCCAGUCACGACGAUAGUCACACUGACUCGGGGGGGCGGUUUCGGGGGUGGAGGCAAUGGAGUGGGGGCGACGUCAGAUGGAGGUGUUCCAUUGCCUUUUCCAACGGGCAGCGCUGCCAAUGUGAUCCGUGUACCAACAACAAUAGACGCCCACGGAUGGCCAGAAGGCAUUUUCGUGAUGUUUGUUAUAGCGCUCGGCUGGUUGACCGUGUGGCUCUGA